CGCAUGCGCAUGAAGUCCAACGCUAACAAAUUUCAAACUGAGCAGCGGGUAGAAAGACCUGGCAAGAAAAUACAAUACAAUUAAAGGAUAAAACUAAAUAGUUAAAUAAUGACGAGCACACUGAAAGGAAUUACCCUGAAAGGAAGCGCUGAGCUUGUGGCCGAGUUUUUCUCAUUCGGUAUCAACAGCAUCCUGUACCAGCGAGGGAUCUACCCUCCGGAGACGUUCUCCCGAGUCACCCAGUAUGACAUGAGCCUUCAACUCACUACUGACACCAAGCUGAAGAGCUACCUGACCAACGUGGUAUCUCAACUCAAAGAGUGGCUGUUUGACUGCACAGUGCAGAAGCUGGUGCUGGUGAUCACAUGUCUGGAGACCAACGAGGUGCUGGAGAGGUGGCAGUUUGACAUUGAGUGUGACAAGACUGCCAAGGAGAUCAGUGCUCCCAGGGAGAAAUCCAUCAAGUCUAUCCAGGAUGAGAUUCGCUCAGUCAUCAGACAGAUCACCGCCACUGUCACCUUCCUACCCCUGCUGGAGACUGCCUGUGCCUUCGACCUCCUCGUCUACACCGACAAGGACCUGGAAGUGCCGGAAAAGUGGGAGGAGUCAGGCCCCCAGAUCAUUGACCAGUCGGAGGAGGUUCGCCUGCGCUCCUUCACCACCUCCAUCCACAAGGUCAACAGCAUGGUGACCUACAAGAGGACCGACUCAGCCUAGAACCUGACCUCUAACCUACGACCCCUACUGUACAUAGUUAACUCUUAUGGUCUCCUCUCCCCUGCUGCGUACUAUAGGUGUGUUGGAGAUUGACUACAACGGAUCUACAAAUCAUACUCGGUCGUCAUUUAGGAUGCCAGGUGAUUUGUAGAUGAGUCAGUUUGGAGUCGCCGACUGCAAUCUCAAACGCACACAAUAGAUAUGAAAACAGAAAUGUUACACAGCCCUCUUCUCCCUUCAACUCAUGUCUCUCAUUAUCUUUCUUUACGUACAGUGCCUUCGGAAAGUAUUCUGGCCCCGUAACUUUUUCCACGUUUUGUUACGUUACAGCCGUAUUCUAAAAUGUAUUCAAUGUUUUUUUCCCCCCACAUCAAUGUGUACACAAUACCCCAUAAUGACAAAGCAAAAUAGUUUUAAAAAUUCAUUUUUGCUAAUUUAUAACAAACUGAAAUAUCACGUUUACAUAAGUAUUCACACCCUUUACUCGGUACUUUGUUGAAGCACCUUUGGCAGUGAUUAGACUCGAGUAUGCCGCUACAAGCUUGGCACGCCUGUAUUUGGGGAGUUUCUCCCAUUCUUCUCUGCAGAUCCUCAAGCUCUGUCAGGUUGGAUGAGGAGCGUUGCUGCACAGCUAUUUUCAGGUCUCUCCAGAGAUGUUCGAUUGGGUUCAAGAGCCGCUCUGGCUGGGCCACUCAAGGACAUUCAGAGACUUGUCCCGAAGCCACUACUACGUUGUUUUUAAUCUCUAUACUUUGCCUCGUUCAUCUUUCCCUCCCAGUCCCUGCCGCUGAAAAACAUCCCCACAGCAUGAUGCUGCCACCACCAUUCUUCACCGUAGGGAUGGUGCCAGGUUUCUUCCAGACGUGACGCUUGGCAUUCAGGGCAAAGAGUUGAAUCUUGGUUUCAUCAAACCAGAGAAUCUUGUUUCUCAUUGUCAGGGAGUCUUUAGGUGCCUUUUGUCAAAAUCCAAGUGAGCUGUCGUGCCUUUUACUGAGGAGUGGCUUCCGUCUGGCCACUCGACCAUAAAGGCCUGAUUGGUGGAGUGCUGCAGAGAUGGUUUUCCUUCAGGAAGGGUCUCCAAUCUCCACAGAGGACCUCUAGAGCUCUGUCAGAGUGAUCAUCGGGUUCUGGGUCACCUCCCGGACCAAGGCCCUUUUCCCCCGAUUGCUCGGUUUUGCCGGGUGGCCAGCUUUAGGAAGAGUCUUAUUUGUUCCAAACUUCCAUUGAAGAAUGAUGGCGGCCACUGUGUUCUUGGACCUUCAAUGCAGCAGACAUUCUUUGGUACCCUUCCCCAGAUCUGUGCCUCGACACAAUCCUGUGUCGGAGCUCUAUAGACAUUUCCUUCGACCUCAUGGCUUGGUUUUUGCUCUGACGUGCACUGUCAACUGUGGGACCUUUUAUAUAGACAGGUGUGUGCCUUUCCAAAUCAUAUCCAAUCAAUUGAAUUUACCACCGGUGGACUCCAAUUAAGUUGUAGAAACAUCUCAAGGAUGAUCAAUGGAAACAGCAUGCAUCUGAGCUCAAUUACAAGUCUCAUAGCAAAGGGUCUGAAUACUUAUUUAAAUAAGGUAUUUCAGUUUUUUUAUUUGUUAUACAUUUGCAAAUAUUUCGUUAUGGGGUAUUGUGUGUAGAUUGAGGAUUUUAAAAAUGUAAUCCAUUAUAGAAUGAGGCUGUACCGUAAACAAAUUGUGGAAAAAGUCAAGGGGUCUGAAUACUUUCCAAAGGCACUGUGUGUAUAUAAAUAAUCCUUUUACACUGAUUAUUCUGUCCUGUCUUUUUCUCUGUGUAUUGGGAUACUUUGUUCUUCCUGGCUCGCUACUUUGAUGUAAAUAUUGCCUGUAAGUGGUUACUGAUCCACUUUGCUUUCAUUUUUUUAUUGUCCUCUAUCCAGUUCUGAGCCUCUCUGUUUUAGAAGCUAGUGGUUUGUGUUGUAUUUUUAAGAAAAUUCCUGAAAUGUGUCCAUUUGAUCGUCCUCGAGUCUGACCUGUGUGUUACUACUGCAAUUGCCCAGAAGGUGGCAAAGUAACACAUUUUUUGGUAUUUUUUAGUUCUGGUUAGUUAUCUCUCUGUAAAUGUAAAAUAAAUGGUUGUUUAGACAA